AUGAGCCCUUUUCUCCAAGAGACCAUGGACUGCCUCGUCCAGUCCGAUUCCGGACAAGCACAGACGGCAGUUCGUUCGCGGCCCGAAGUGAAGGCGCCCCACGACGUCAUAGUCCAUGUCUCCGCCGUGGCCCUGAACCCGACGGACUUCAAGUCCCCGGCGUCCAACCCCACCCCGGGGGCCAUCAUGGGUUGCGACUUUAUGGGGUCUGUUGUAUCCGCGGGCACGGCGGCAGAUAACGAAUUCCCCCCUGCCACGCGUGUUUGCGGAUUCGUCCACGGCUCCAACCCCGGCAACCCAGAGACGGGAUCUUUUGCCGAGUACCUGGUGACGGAUUCUCGCCUGUUGAUCCGAGUCCCCGAUAGCUGGACCAAUGUGGAUGGAGCCGCCCUCGGAGGCGUUGGUUGGGGCACCGUUGCUCUUGCGAUGGAGAUCUCGCUGCAGCUCCCUGGGAGGCCGUCUAAGCCGGCGGCUCCACGAGAUGACGGCUCCAGGACGCCCGUAUUGGUUUACGGCGGGGCUACGGCCACUGGCACGAUGGCUUGCCAGAUUCUAUCAAUGUCCGGCUACCAGCCCGUUGCCACAGCGUCCAGCAGCAGCUCGACUCUGGUCCGGGACUAUGGCGCUGUCGCAGUGGUACCGUACUCGUCGCCCACCUGUGGUGAAACUAUCCGGGACGACCACACUGGUGGGGCCUUGCGACAUGCGCUGGACUGCAUCAGCUCGCCCGAGUCUGUGAAAUGCUGCUUCACGGCCCUGGGCCGUAUUGGCGCGCGCUAUGCUGGCCUCGAUUUCGUUCCCGACGAUUGGAGAACGCGCAAGGCUAUCAAGGUCCACAUGCCUCUGACGUAUGCCCUCCACGGCCACGAGAUCAAAUUUAAGGGUGCGUACCAUCGGGAUGCGGAUCCAGCCAUGUUGGAGCUGGGAGGUCGGUGGCGGGACGAGGUGCAGGGUCUGGUAGAUGCGGGACGCCUUCGGCCGCACCCCGCUCGGGAGGUUAAGGGGAAGUGGAAGGGGAUUGUUGACGGUCUGGAGAUGAUGAAGGCGGGAGAAGUCAGAGGCCAGAAGCUCGUAGUAGCGCUGGAGGGGGGAGCUUCUUCUUGA